ACAACAAAUGCUCACAGAUCAAAACCCCAGCAGUAGACCCGCAAGUCUCAGAAUCACAUUCCCCAAAAUCUCUCCCUCGCUUUGCUCACCGUGGCUUCCACAGGCUCGCCGACCGUGCAUCGGAGAAAGCCACCGUCGUCCUCGGCUCCGUCUUCGUCUUCGUCCUCAUCCACAACGCCCGGUCGGAUCGUGGUCAGAGAAUCGAGGAGACCAUCGGAGUCUGAUUUUCCUUUCUGGCAGCAGAACUGGUUCAUAGGGUUGCUCUUCGUCAUGGCAGUCGGUUUCUUUGCCCUAGCUAUCUUCCUCCUUUACGGACUCGAUCUCGAGGACGGCUUUGCUUCCCCGGCUUCCGCUGCUACAUCUGAGGGUGUGGAGAUUACAUAUGGUUCGGUUAUCAAGCUAAUGCACGAGCGGACUAAAUUUCGUUUGCAUUCCCAUGAUGUACCAUAUGGUUCUGGUAGUGGGCAACAAUCUGUUACUGGUUUUCCCAAUGUUGAUGAUUCAAACAGCUACUGGAUUGUUAAACCUCUGGAUGGAGCUAAACAAGGCGACAAAAUCAAAAGUGGGACCAUUAUUAGGUUGCAACACAUGAAGACUAGGAAAUGGCUGCACAGUCAUUUACAUGCAUCCCCAAUAAGCGGCAAACAAGAAGUGAGCUGCUUUGGGUCGGAGAAUGAAUCUGACACUGGUGAUUACUGGAGGCUUCUAAUUGAAGGGAGUGGGAAGACCUGGAAGCAAGACCAAAGGGUUCGUAUUCAGCAUGUUGACACUGGUGUCUACUUACAUAGUCAUGACAAAAAAUAUACCCGCAUAGCUGGAGGGCAGCAAGAGGUUUGUGGUGUCGGAGAAAAGAAAGCUGAUAAUGUCUGGCUAGCAGUGGAAGGCGUAUAUCUGCCAGUCACUGAAACUGAGUAGAAUCUCAUCAGUCUAAUUUACUUAAUUAUUAUGUAGAAAAGGUACACGGGUUUUCGAAUUUUCCGUGGCUGGUGUCUGGUUUGGUCUCAUAACAGUUGUAGAUGUUUUAUUAGGAUGAUAGAAGAUAUAGCUUAAGAGGAAGAUGGAUGUUCUGUUCUUCUCUCCACCCCCAUAAGAAAAUAAACUUUUGGAGGAAGGUUUGGGACUCUGCUUAAGAUAGAUUGGGAACUCAAAUUUGAAAAGAAAUGAAUUUAUGUACCGAAUCCAUACUGUUUUUAAGAGAUCUCUGAAACUUUUAUCUU